AUGGUGGGACCCACCUGUCUGACCCUUGGUGCAUUUUUUGCCCCCCGCCCCCAGGAACGGCUCCAGGAGCUGAAGGCUUCGGGAGGAGGUCACAUGUUUUUCAUGAAGACAAUCCAGGACCUGAGUGGGAAAGACGGCGAUCUCAUUCUGGUGGAGUGGAGUGAGGAAAAUCCCCCAUUCAUGAACCAGGUUGGAAUGGCAUCCCACAUCCAGAACUACUACAAAAGGAAAAUUGGGAAGGACACUGGGCCUCCUGCCUACAAAUAUGGGAACCUUGUGUUCUGUUCAUCCUCCCCCUUUUUGGGGAAAUUCCAUCCUGGGCAGUUCUUGCAGGCUAUAGAGAACAAGCUUUUCCGGGCUCCCAUCUACCCACAUCAGAUGGCAGACACUGACUUUCUGGUGGUGGUGACAAAGGAAGGCUGCUUUCUGAGGGAGGUGAAGGACAUAUUCAUUGUUGGGCAGCAGUGCCCGCUGGACGAAGUUCCUGCCCCCAACUCAAAAAUGGCGAAGGAUUACAUCCAUGGAUUCCUCCAGGUAUUCGUGUACAGGCAGUUUUGGGCCAGUCCUUUCAGGCCUCGGAGGAUCCGCAUGGAGCACAUCCGCCAGGCCUUUCCCAAACUUGCUGAGAGCAGCAUCCGAAGGCGGCUCACCAAGUGUGCAGAUUUCCACCGGACAGGUGAGGACCCGGCCUGUCGCGGGGAAGGGCUCUAUUUCAAUUGGUGGGUGCUGAAGCCUGGAUUCCGCUUACCCAGCGAAGAGGAGCUGAGGGUCAUGAUGACCCCAGAGAAAUGCUGUGCCUUAUACAGCAUGCUGGCCGCCCAGCAGCGUCUCAAGGUGACUGACCCCUGGCUCGGCAGGCGAGAGGAAGAUGCCGGCUACGGGGCGGUGUCCCUCCUGGCCACGGAGGAGAACAGCACUGAGGGCGCGGGCCUGGAGGAUGAGGUCCGGGCGGCCCCGUGGAACACGACGCGGGCCUUCCUAGCGGCGACCAAGGGCCAGUGUUUGCUGGAGGUGACGGGAGCGGCCGACCCCACGGGCUGUGGCGAGGGCAUCUCCUAUGUCAGACUCAAGAUGGACAAGAACAGCGUGUGGGGACCAAGGGCCGGGGCGCAGGAAAUCCCCAGGGGUAGAGGAUGCGGGCCGGGGACAGGCCGGGAGCGACGCUUCGGUAGUGGAGAAAGGGGCGUGCGCCCGGGUUACGGGGGGCUGGGCCGUGAGAAUCGCAGGACGGGGAGGGAUGAUGGGGAGGUUAAGGACCCCGCGCCCGAUCUCCCGCUGCAGCAGGAGAACAAGGUCCGCCUGGAGGGAGCGAGGCUGAUGGGGACGGACGCGGACCUCCGCCGGCUCACGCUGAAGAAGGCCCAGAAGCUGCUGAGAGUAUUUGGGGUCUCGGAGGAGGAGAUCAGAAAGCUGUCCCGCUGGGAGGUGAUCGCCGCGGUCCGCGCCCUCUCCACCAAGGAGCUGAACUCGGGCGCCAACUCCAGAGACCUCACCAAGUUUGCGCGCACGUCCCAGUCCUCGGCGGCCGAGCAGCAGAGGCACUUCCAGCAGGAGGUCCAGAGGGUUUUUGACCUGCAGAACAGGGUCCUGGCUUCCACCGACGUGCUGUCCACCGACACGGACAGUGAGACGUCGGACGAAGAGAACGCGCACAUGCUGGACAACAUGUGCCACGAGAUCGAAGACCUCCUGGAGGGCAAGACCAACCCUCAGAAGCUGCAGAGACAGAAGGAAAAGCAGGAGUACCAGGAGCUGCAGCAGCUCUUGCUCGGACAUGGCGGUGCUCCUCCCCAAGAAAAAGAUCAGGGCCCAACCCCCUCACGCUCUGAAUUUCUGGUUAUCUAUCGAACGUAUGUGGACGAUUCAGGGAAGGAAUACGAACGGAAGGAGAUAGUCCGGGAUCCAGCGGUGAUCAAAGUCUACAUCCAAGUGAAGACCACCAAAAACGAAGACUCCAUCCGGCAGUUCUUCCAUGCUGAUGAGCAGAAGCGGCAGGAACUGCGCAAAGAGAAGAAGAGACUCCAAGACAGACUUCGCCGGAUGCGCAUCGCCAACCAAAGGGAAAAGCAGAAGGAACAACUUCCCCCGGGGAAGCUUCCCAAGCCGGAGGCCCCUAAAUCUAAUCUCGUAUGUGGAGCCUGUGGGUCCCACGGACACAUUAAGACAAACAAGUCUUGCCCAGAGUACUGCCCACCCAAGGACCUGGGCCCCAGGCUCAAAGUCAUGACCCAGGAGCAAGAGGAGAGAGAACUGGCUAAGAGACUCCCUCAGGAGUCCCUCAUCAAAGUCCAAGAAACCAAAAUUUUCAUGAAGAGGAAGCUGUUUGAAACCAUGAAUGAGGUCCGGAGGGAAACCCUGAAGGUGAAGGUUGAGAAACGGCCCCAGAGGAACCCCACUCCUCACCCAAAGAGGAAAUCUGUGCAUAUUGACGAUAAGGAAAGCUUAAGCUGCAUCAGGCAUCCGUGCCAGCCUGCCCUUCCUUGCCCUCCAACCAGGAGGGCAUCUUCUUGUCCCAAACCGCCCGGGUUUCCUUUGAAAAGGAGCGAGCAGCUUCCUUCUGUAAAAUCCACAGCCAAUCCCCCUCAGAAGACUCCGCCAUCUCCAGCCAAGGGAGUGCAGAGUGAACCUGAAGCACCCUCACUUCCUCAGCGUAAAAGCUGGGGUCUCCAAAACUGGCUCCCGCAAAAGGACAGGAGUUUAGCCUGUCCCCAGAAAAAAAAGCUAGAUAGCGUGGCUCGGACUCCUCCACACAAGGCAGAUCGAAUCCCUCCUGUGAGAGAGUCUCAGGACUCCCCAGGCUGUUCAAAACCAUCUGGUCACGGGUACAAGAGGCCCAGAAACUCUCUGUACCAGUCGGGCCAGGAAGAGACCCAGGAGUUUUCCAAGAGCGUUUCCCAGGAUGGACCCAAUAGGUCAUGUUGGAGCUCCCCGCUGUUCAAGGACUCCCAGAAACCAGAUCCAGGGGCUUCUUCUCAGGACAGAAGCCCAGAUGGUCCGUCCCAGAAGCAUCGUGACAGUAUUUUGUACGAGGACCUCCAAGUUUCUGACACAGAUGAGAGUGAAGAAAGUGAAGAGAGUGAAGAAAGUGAAGAGGAAGAGGAAAUCUAGAAUGAAUAAAGCACC